AUAUCCGGUUUCUCCAUGACCGUCGUAGAGCAAUGGCGACGAACCGGGGAGAUCCUACGAGGUGGUUUUUCACCCGGGAGCAGCUGGAAAACACACCGUCUCGCCGACACGGAGUGGAGCCGGACAGGGAGCUUUCUUACCGGCAACAAGCGGCAAAUCUGGUCCAAGACAUGGGUCAGAGGCUAAAUGUCUCUCAACUAACCAUAAAUACAGCAAUCGUUUACAUGCAUAGAUUUUAUAUGCACCACUCUUUCACCAAAUUUCACAGGAAUGCAAUAUCUCCUACAACACUGUUUUUGGCUGCCAAAGUGGAAGAGCAGCCACGGAAACUCGAAUAUGUGAUCAAAGUUGCACAUGCCUGCCUCAACCCUCAAGAAUCUCCUCUUGACACUAAGAGUAAUGCAUACCUCCAGCAAGCUCAAGAGCUGGUGAUACUUGAAUCCAUAGUGCUGCAGACCCUUGGCUUUGAAAUUACUAUUGAUCACCCACACACUGAUGUGGUGAAAUGUUCCCAGCUAGUGCGAGCAAGCAAGGAUCUGGCACAGACAUCCUAUUUCAUGGCUACCAACAGUCUCCACCUCACGACAUUCUGCCUCCAGUACAAGCCCACAGUCAUAGCCUGUGUGUGUAUCCACCUGGCCUGCAAGUGGUCCAACUGGGAGAUACCAGUGUCUACUGAUGGGAAACACUGGUGGGUGUAUGUGGACAGCUCUGUUACCCAUGAGCUGCUUGAUGAGUUGACCCAUGACUUUCUGCAGAUUCUGGAAAAGACGCCUAGCCGGUUAAAGAGAAUACGCAACUGGAGAGCAACCCAGGCUGCUAAAAAGCCCAAAUCUGAGAACAUCCAACUGUCAUGUACCUCUUUAGCUGGCUCUUCCAUACUCCAAGACCAGCGUGACAGUUCACUUGCCGGAUUACCUUCCUCAAGUUUUUCCAAAGCUGGCGACACCUUCACGAUGUCUGCUCCGUCUGGUGGUGCAUUGUCUCUGGACUCUAUGACUGGCAUUUACCAGCCACCUAGCCACAGUGAAUGGCCCCAGGGCAACCAGAGUCAAAUAGAUUAUGCAUCUAGCUGUAUAAAACAAGAACUGUUCAACACUUCUCAUAAAGAGCAUCAAAAUCCCUCAACAUACAAGACUAAAAAAACUGCAGAUCUUAACGUUGUCAAACAGGAACUAAAAGGAGCCAGUUUGAGUGGACCUGGCAAGCAUCAGCCACCUACUUCAUCCUCUUAUACUUUAUCAGCUCAACCUCUACCACCUCAAGUCUCUUUAAACCCAAAACUGUCAUUGGACAAAUACAGAGAAAAACAUACUGUAGAGGUUUCUGUUUCUGGGCAAAAAGGCCGACAAGAACAGCAUGCCACACCCAUUGAGAACAACACAAAGGGGGGUUUAUCUUCCUCCAACUAUGCACCGUCUGUGAGUCGUGCUGAUCAUAUAAAUUCACAAACUUCUCAAAUUUCCCAUAAUGCCAUUUGUUUAGGUAGCAGCAGUACUGCCUCAACAAUAAAAAAUAGACUUUCUGCUACAAUGGACAGACGUCAUCAUAGUGACAAAUGGGACAAAAACUCACUUAAUCUCCAUCUGGCAAUUCCUGGCUCUGGAGGAAGCUCCAAGAUAGACAAAAACAAAGAGGAAUUUAAGAUGAAGAUUAAGGUUUCCUCAUCAGAGCGUCACAGUUCAUCUGAUGAAGGAAUGUCUGCCAAUAACAAGAAUAAACAUUCCAGCCCUAUAGUGAGCAAGGAGAAACCGCAUAGAAGUGUGGAUCACAACCUUCACCGCCAUCACAAGUUCAGUCACCACAGCGGGAAUGGACAAGGAGGCUCAGAGGGCCCCAAUAGUGGAGGAGACCUACUUCGAGGCCCCCCAGAACUGAUUACCAUAGAAGGAAUAGCGCUUCCUCAUAGUGGAUCCACGGCUUUGACGUCUUCCUCGCUGAGAAAGAGGGCACAUCUUGAGGCUAAUCACAAUCAACAUCCUCCUGCCUGGUCCUCCACUUCUAGCUCCAAACUGAGCAAAAUCUCCAAGGGUGGCACCAGUGCUGCAGGUGGACUGCGGACCUCACAGCAGUACCUUCCUCCGAGUGAACCGGCCCAUGAAGUGGGAAACCAGAGACACUGAGUGGAUCAUUCCACACCUUCAAACGGAAACGGCAGGAAUUUACGCACACUUGUAACGACUAUGCCCAACGUCCUCAUUAAGUGCCCGUGGAGAAGUAGAGAAGUCCUAAACGCAGACAUCCCGCAAAAAAUGAAGAACGUUGGGCCUUAGAUGAAGAAAAAAAAGAACCUAAUGCUUCCAUACUCUGACCUCUGGGCUGUGAUCUUCAGUCCCAUCUGGCUUCUCGGCUCUCCUCCCAAGGGACAAAAGUGUAUUUACCGUUUCCAUUUUGGAAAACUACAUUACAUGUUCUCUUAAAAAGGUAUGGAUAUACACUCUCCAUUUUUGUUUUUAAAAAAAAUCACAUUUCUGCAAUUGUAUGGAGCACGCUAAUGCCCAGCUGGAGAGUUCAACUUCAGUUUGCCGGCAUUUCAUAUUUAAAUGGAUGCCCUUUUUGUUCCUAAAUUUCAUCUGUGGCUUAUCUUGAUUUAUUUUUACACUUCAAUGCUGAUUUGCACGUGUUCAUCAAAGGGAUGAGAAGGACAACAUGCUAUUCACAGGAAGUGGAGACAAAUGUACAUACGUUUUUGUAUGGUAAGACAACAAUUAUAAUGAAUUCUCAGGUUUGGAUCUGCUUGUGGUUAUGACAGAAUAAUUAUAAAACAUUUAAAAAAAAUCUCUUUUUGUUUAACAGAUUGGCACGUGUUAAAACAGCCAAACUAGAGCGGGUGCUGCUUGUCAUGGUAUACCCACAUAUAUAUAGGUAUGGAUCAAAGUGAACGUUAUUAAAACAUGACAUUUUUAGUGUGCCAUGUAAGUAUCCUUUGAAGUGUUGUACAUCAAUAAGGCUUGUACUUGUCAAAACACAUUUACAUACCCAAUAGUACUAUGCAGAGGAAGGUCAUUUAUGUAAAAUGCCCUGGUGUUUUAAAUUUGAUUUUGAGAUGCAUAGAUCUUUGUGGACGGAAAAUGAUAGGUUGUCAUCCUGUUGAUACAUUCAUGACGCUUGUCUUCACAAUAGUUCUCUCCAUUAAACUUCAAUCCGAAAUCUU